AUGGCAAGUUCUUCUGACCCAAACCGAACCUCCUCCAAGACAAGCAGAUUCUGUCCAUGUCUUCCCUCGUUCUCGAAGAGCUGCCCUGAGAACAUCCCUCUCCAAACAGCGGAUAUCGUGGGAGAGUCUAAUCUAGCCAGGAGCCGAGGCAUUGACCCAACUCAGUCAGAAAACAGUCUAAAGGACAUCAAAGGAUCUGGCAGCCACGGCAAAUCAUCGUCAUUGCCUCGCGACAACACUGAAGAGGCACCCAACAUGGCUUUGGGUAAAACAAUCAACAAGGGCGAUCCUGCGUCAGAUAACGCCAAUUUUUCACCCAUAAACUCGCAGACUUCAGAAAGGAAACCUUCAUUCAAGCUUGUCGUCACGGGUCACAAUGUAUCUUCAACGAGUGGCCAUGCCCAAAGUCAAGAUCAUCCCAUCUCUUCUCCGGCGGAAGCUUCAAACAGUAAUGCGAAACUACCAAAGAUUCCAAGGCAAUCAAUAUCGGCUUCUCAAGUUGGCCAGUCGCAAUCGAAAAAUCCUCCGAUCACAGGGGAUUUGGGAAUUCAAGAUAGUCAGCCAGACGUGGGGAGAGGGCCUGAUACACCUAUACCAGAGUCCUUUCGAGAUGAAGAACCAUAUUCUUCUUACCUAAACGAAGAGGAUUAUGGCAGAGAAGAAGAAUACGACCUAGAGCAAGGUUACGGCUCAGAGCAAGACUACCGCCCAGAGCAAAAUUACGACCAAGAACAAAAGCAUGGCAAAAAACAAAAACCUAGCAAUGAUCCAACUGCCAGUGGCCGCUCAUCCCCUGACUCUACUGCUACAGUUCUUGUAUUUGACCGCCUGGUCGCUAUCGACUUCACAGUCUACCGCACCGAGUAG